GGAAACCGAGCUCAUUGUUAACUAACAGAAUGUAUAAUCGCUAAAAAUGCAGGUUGCGUGCGACGUUACGGUAUCACCGGGCUAAGGAGCGCAAGCGCCACGCAUUCGGUUACCUCACCAGAGAACGAGAGUGAGAGAAGGAAAAAAGGAGCAAGAAGCGAGCAAGAAGAGCAGAGACAGCGCAAGAAGACAUCAGGGUUAAAUGGGAUUCUUUUUUUUCCCUCCUUACCGCGUAUGUGCAUGUAUGCCUUCCGUAGUGCGUGAUGUUUCGGUGAGCCGAGUGUCGUUCUACGAGGUAAAUGGAGAAGCGUCAAGUGCGGCGUGACCACGCAGUCAACGCGGCCAAAAAAUGGAUAGACUGCGACUGCUGCCUAUGGAUCUACCUGCAAUCACUGUUAACAGUAGUGGCAGCGUUAAGGGCAAGACAUCUUUUGUUCGACGAUUGGCAAUAGGAUUUGUGAUUCUGGCCAUACUAGGUCUUUUAUAUGUGCCAGCAUACCAUUCCGCUCAGAGUCCAUUCUUAGGCUUAGGUGAAACUCCAUCUCCUGCAGAACCUCUUGGCAGUUCACACUCGGUAGCAUCUGUGGCACAAUUACCUGGGUGGUCAUAUAACACGUCAAGAAGCCUCUACGUUUAUAUUCAUCCGGAAAAUACCACAACUAUUCUCAGCCCUACAAACAUUUGUUCACUACCGCCAUAUCUGUUAAUAAUUAUCUGCUCGGCUGUAGGAAAUCAGGAGGCUCGCUCCGCUAUUAGAAGCACUUGGGGAAAUAAAUAUAACUUAGAUAAUUUGUAUAAUUCUACAGUAAAAGUAGCGUUUUUACUAGGACAAAGUGACAACGAUACACUCAAUAAUCUGAUUAUUGAGGAAAAUUCCCAAUAUAAUGAUAUUGUACAGGAACGUUUCUUUGAUACGUAUAACAAUUUAACAUUGAAAUCGGUCAUGAUGCUGAAAUGGGUGACAUCGAAUUGUGAUCAGGCUAAAUACCUCAUGAAAACGGACGACGACAUGUUCGUGAAUGUUCCCCUGCUCCUACAAACAUUACACUCAAGAACGCAAGCAGAAACUCUUCUAGGUUCUCUCAUUUGUAAUGCCAGACCAAUAUUAGAUCCCAAAAACAAGUGGUAUACACCAAAAUACAUGUACUCGGAAAAAACAUAUCCAAAUUAUUUGUCAGGCACAGGGUAUGUUAUGAGCAUGAACGUGGCGUCCAAGUUAUAUCAAGCAGCGUUGAUAACGCCGUUGCUGCAUUUGGAAGACGUUUACAUCACGGGUUUGUGCGCGAAGCACGCAAAAGUCCGACCCGUGAAUCAUCCUGGAUUCAGUUAUAUACCUCGCAAGAUGGAUCCCUGUGUGCUCAAGAACGCCAUUACUACGCACAAAGUUAACGCGUCCAAUAUGUAUGUGAUUUGGGUGAAGUUAAACGAUACAAGUAUCUCCUGCAGCAAUCGUAUUCGUAUUGACAGAAAACCGGUAGCUCUGAGUAGAAACGGCAGGCACGCCGGCUACUACAUUUUUAAGAGAAAAACUAUAAACAGGUGCGUCUAGGUUCCUGAUAUUAUUGAUUCCACACAUUAUAUAUAUAUACGCCAUAAAUUUUUUAUCAAGUUAGACGCGAAUCGAAUCGAAUUGAUGCGAGGAAUGAUCGGAGAGCAGUGAGCUUCCAAUUCGAAGGAUAGUUUUGAUUUCUUACAAAACUCAUCGUUCAUUUCGAUAUGUCCAAUCAAUUUCGAAAUAUUAUCGCUCUAUCAGCUACUUAUCGGGCAGCUUAUGAAUUUACCCAAUAUAAUUCUCUUGUAAAAGGAAUCGAUUGGACUUUUAAAGUGAUAAAAUUAUGAAGUGAUGAAUUUUCGCACAUCUUCGAUUCUAGGCAUUUCAGGCUGUGUCCAGUUGUCAUUGUUAGUUUAUUACUGAUAGUAAGCCUAUAUAAGUUUUGCAAAUAAGAGUAUGGCCGAUUUGCACCGAACGCAUCUGAUGAUGAAUCUAACAAAUAAGUGAUGAUCCAUGAGUUAGCAAUUUCUUUAUUUUACAUGGCAUAGAGAUGAAAAAAUUGAAUUAAUUAGUAUUAGUGUUAAUUGACAUCGGUGCAAUAGGUAUGCAUUUUUGAAGAAGAGCGAUCGUGACAGACGUUCGGAUGACACACCGAAGGUUUUGUACGAUAUUUUUCUAUUUAAACCAAAGUAGUAUUUAAGGAUACGCUGUCAAUUAGACAUUUUACAUAAUUUUCAUUAUCUUUUCUAUCUCUGUGAGACAUGACAAUUAAAUAAUGAAAUUUACAAGAAAAUUUCAGAUAAGACAACAUGUUAUUAUUGUGUUGGUUUGUUGGACUAUUAGAUUCUUGAUUAACACUUCCUAAUAAUAUUCAAAAUGAUAUAUUUAUCUAUGUAGCAUAAGAAGUUUUCCGCGAAGCAUGAUUUUAUUAUAAUAACGCGACCGUAUAUACGCGUUGUACGAGAAUUGAUAAUUGAACAAUUAAUGGCCGAAGGUCACAGAGCACGAAGCUUCCCUAUCUUAAUAAUACAGAUAAUGUUUGUAAAUGCUAUUGCUUCCACGUACUUAUGAGAAAUUAUUUAGGAAUGUAAUGGCAUUAAUAUAAUAUUAUUAAUCUA